AUGGCCACCUCCGCUGCUUCCCCGCGACGCGCCCACCGCACACCUGCGAGACCGCCGCGCGCACUCGCCUCCAUCGAGCCAGCGACCGAACCACCUCAGAAGAAGCGCAAGUUCCUGCCUGGAGGCCCAGGAGGAGGUGGAAGAUACGUGGACGACGAAGGCAACGAAAUGCCUCGAGAAGCAGUCGCUGCAGCGCAAACGGCUUCCAGAAGUCGGCCCAGGCGCGAGACUGCAGGGAAGCCUAUACCGAAAGAAGGAGAGACCCCCCUAGCGACCCGCUCAGCGAUGCAGACACGACCACGGCGAGAGCGACCUGAGAGAUAUGUGCCUGCGCCUGCGACACCGCGACCCCGAUAUAGCAAUGCUGCUGCCGCGGCUGCUGCUAGCCAGGCCAGUGAUGGAUACAAGCCAAGAGAAGAGCGUAGUUGGGAAGAGUUUCACCCAGAGCUUGACCUCGAUCAAGGACUCAUGGUAUUUCCAGCAGAUGAGGUUGAUGGUAGGACCAGCAAGAACGACCCUAAGUUGCAAAAGCUCACCAUCCAUGGCUUGGAUGGCAAGCCUCUGACAAAUGGAGAUGUGGACAUGAAGGAUGCGUCUACAGAUGGAGUUCCAAGCCAGCCUUUGCCCAGUCCGGUGGUAGCGACGCCCAUGAAGCGCAAACCAGGAAGACCGCCUAGGAGGCCCGAGUCGAUGCUCAGUGGUCUUGGAUCACCGCCUGCUCCACGAAUCAUCCCACUUCCAACCCACAACCCCAAGGAGCGCCUGAAUCUACCCAAGCCAUCGUUUCGACACUACAACCACUUCCUGCAGUAUGAGGAGAGCCAGAAGGAGAACAAAGCAAACUACGUGGAUCGUACUAUGGCUCAUGUAGGAUACCAGGAGAGUGAUCGCUUCGAACUACCUCACAGAGUCUUAAUUCGCCUGUCCGAAGGCCAGCAAGUUGAGGACGAGGCGGAAGUGAGCCUGAGACUGGAGAGCGAUGGCCCUGCAGACCCUGGUCAAGGCCCGCCUGCGAUCGGCAAGGUGGAAUACGACAUGGACGAACAGGAUGUAGCAUGGCUCGAGGACAUCAACGAACAGCGCAAAGCCGAGAACGCGGAAGGAAUUAAGCCAGCAAUCUUCGAAAUCACCAUGACGCAGAUCGAGAAGGAGUUCCAUGCCCUGGAAAAGCGGAUACCGAAGCCUCAACCUCGACAUGCUCAAACACACAGACCACGAUCCAGCUCACAGGCUGCCGUCAAUGGAGAUCCCAAUCCGCCGGGCGAAGAGCCAGAUAGCAAAUGCUCAAUCUGCGACGACGGAGAUUGCGAGAACGCGAACGCCAUCAUCUUCUGCGACGGCUGUGAUCUGGCGGUACACCAAGAAUGUUACGGUGUACCAUUCAUUCCCGAGGGUCAAUGGUUCUGCAGAAAGUGCAAAGAGAUUGGGCGAGGUACCCCGACCUGCAUCUUCUGCCCGAACGUGGAUGGCGCAUUCAAGCAGACAAACACUCUACGAUGGAGCCACUUGCUCUGCGCAAUCUGGAUCCCAGAGGUCACAAUCGCAAACAUGACCUUCAUGGAACCAAUUCAAGACGUGGACAAAGUUCCAAAGAAUCGAUGGGCCCUUCGUUGCUAUAUUUGCCACCAAAACAUGGGUGCCUGCAUUCAGUGUGGUAACAAGAACUGCUAUCAAGCAUUCCACGCCACCUGCGCCCGUCGCGCGAAGCUGUUUCUGAAGAUGAAGUCUCAGAAUCAGGGCGGUAUCGACACAAGUGCUUUGAAGGCGUUCUGUGACAAGCACGUCUCGCAGGAGUGGCGCCGCACGCAUAGUACGGACCAAGCAACCGCGGACGCCAAGCAGUGGUACAGACAUACUUUCAAGGGCCGAACUUGGGCUGAGAACCAGCGCAUCGCUCUCGAACUGGGCGCACCGCCACCCCCAGAUGGCGGUAUGGGUGAAGGCAUAGCAGCAGACGAUACUAUUGCCGUCACUAAGAAGCGGAAGAAUCAGCCGACCAAGCUGAGCUGGAGGCUACCAUCGGGAGCCCCAGUCAUCCCUUCUGUCGUCUACGCCUCGGUCGAAGCAAGCCUUGCACGAUUCAAUGUCCGUAAGCGGAAAGAAUUCGUUGAGAAGGCUUGCAAGUACUGGACGCUCAAGCGUGAGGCUCGACGUGGAGCUUCGCUGCUGAAACGGCUUCAGUUGCAGUUGGAGAGCUUCUCUAGCAUGGAAGUCACCCGCCGCAACUUUGCUGGCAUGGGCGCCGCUGGCGGACCACGACUGCAGAGACGCAUCGACUUUGCUGAGAUGUUGCAAACUGACAUGGGCUACCUGAAGGAGCUCACUGCUCAGACGCGGCAGCGUGAAGAGCUUCGCUUGAAGGAGGCGGAGCUGCUGAGAGAGUUGGUCGACACUGUCUAUUUCCCCAUCCCGCCGCUGCUUUGGCCCAUCUUGCGGCGUGCGCAGAAGCUUGACGAGAAGACCCGCAUCUUCAGCGCCGGCUUUGAGCAGAUGGAACUUCGACUCAGCGAACGCUAUUACACUUCAGUUGCCGACUUCUCACGCGAUUUCUCGCGUGCCGUCGCCCAAGUGCUGGCUCCUCGUGACAAUAUUGAGGCCUUCUCCGAUGCCGACAUCGAAGCUAUACACAGCCAGCUCAACCAGGUCGCGCCGGGUACGGCAGAACACCUAGCUCUGACCCAAGAGCAGAAAGACCUCAAACGACUUGCUAAGCGCAUCGUCAAGCCUGUCAGAGAGAUGCUGGAAGCAGCGACGAGAAAGGAGGCUGAACUUCGAGGGAGGGAGCUGGAAGAGGAGAUCCGCAAGCUGGAUUCGAUGGGAAUCUUCGCUUCAUCCGUCACCAAAUCCCUGGAAAUGGAUGUAGAUGACGAGGUCGAAGCAACCACCAAGCGCCGAUCAGGCUCAGAUGCCUCUGCCGUAGCAGGUGCGUCUCCAGAUGCUCCAGACACAGAAAUGCCGGAUGCUGACGACCACACGGAUGAAGCGGGUCUUCAACUGAACGGCGCAGGCAAAGAUGACACGAUUUCCAUACCGAACAACAAGCACACACCAGCGUCGAAAGCAGCCAGCUAUGCAUCGUCAAUCCCAGAUCACUCAAUCAGAACGAGAAGCGACAAGCCUGCAGAGCCACUUUCGCCUCCAAUCUCAAGAUCCUCAUCAGCACCCAACGGCCAAGCUGGCUCCACCAGCGGCGAUUCGGCCACCAACGCUUCGACCGACCACGACGUCUUCGCACACGGUGGUGUUCCCUGGUACCUCGAGCCCUUCGACCCCAUGGGCACGACAAUUCACGAGGAACGCUACACCGGCCGUGCCGUGCUGCGGGAUAUGUCAGAGGAGCUCUCAGACAUGGAUGAGGACACGCUUACGGAGCUUGCCGUCAACGGUGCUGAAGCCACUCCGAAUGGCAAGACUGCAGCGGGUGCUUCGAAUGGUGAUGCGACGUCGUCAGCGGCGCCGGCUAGCAGUAAGAAGGCUGCGGCGAAGAAGAAGCGAGGCAGGAGGCAGCAUUGGUCGAGAUGA